AUGGCAAUCGAGGGAGAGAAUGAACGGGCCGCCGUGCCUGUAAACGUUUGGAGAGCUGAACCUGCUUCGUCGAUCCUUGCUUCGCGUUUCGUACCGCAUCUUGCAACCCAGGGAAACGACUCACACCUAACCCGGGAAACAUUUGCACAGCUUCGCCAAGAACUUCUUAGUGAAGCACAAAGUCAACUACGCGUCGAUGAAGACGCCACUGAUGUCAACAAACUUAUCUGCAUUGUCUUGAAGGCCGGCCUAGAGAUUAGCCCGAGCAGCAGCGCAUCAGAGCAAGAUCUGGAAGGUCAAGUCCUCGACUGCUUAGAUAUCAUUCAGGCCAGCAUUGAAAAAGCCCCCCAAGCUCUGUGGGAAUCCUCUGACCCUCUUAUCCUGGGCGAGGACAUACAUGCUCCCCUAUUCGCAUGGCUAAUCCUACGACUAAUCCGACUCGCCACCAUCUGGACCUUCGAAACUGUUCAAGACAAGAUUCAACUUCUUUGCACGAGCCUAGCUUAUUCUCAGUUCAAGCAAGCCCGUUCAUUGCCUGCAAGCUAUGCCGUUGCUACAUUUCUGCGUGCUUGCACGUCAGGUCCGUUCCAUGCCCCCAUUGACGUAGAACCCUGGGCCAAAUUGACAUUCGCCAGAUAUUUUGUGCUCACUUGA